GACACUCUCAAUGAAGAGCAUAACAACCUCAGUUUCAUACAGAUGUGUAAUAUUAUCAAUAGGUAAAUAAGAGUCAGUAAACAGAAUUAUGUAUUACCCACAAAUUAUUUAAUAACGUGCAAAAGGGCCAUAAAUCAAAGAAUUAAUUAACUGCAAUCACAUAUGCUUAACUUUAAUAAUUUUACAAACAUAGUGCAUUUGAAGGGUUCAUCAGUAGGUAGUUUAUUAUUUGUGACAAAUGAAGAAGUACUAUGGAUUUUUUAAGGAAGGAAGCAAGGUCAAUCAGAUAACAUGUGCGGUGCUGAUCAAUUUACCUGUAUUCGCUUAUGGAGCAAGUAUAGGAUGGAUGUCACCUAUGACUUUGCUAUUACAGUCAAAAAAUUCUCCAAGAGAAGAACCUUUAACAGAUAUUGAGGUAUCAUGGAUGGCAGCAGUCGCAUAUUUGACGUGCAUCCCAGGCAAUUUUUUGAUGGCAUUUUUGGGAGAUACGUUUGGAAGAAAAAUAACUUUAAUUUUCAUAUCUUCUACCGGUGCUGCCAGUUGGAUUCUUAUGUUAUCAUCGUUUGAGGUUUGGGCACUCAUUCUGGCUCGAGCUUUAGUUGGUAUCACCAUGUCAGGGUGCUACGUUACAUGUCCAAUUUACACUAAGGAGAUCAGUGAUGAUGGUAUUCGUGGAGCUCUUGGUUGUUUGGUUAUUCUGUUUCACACAUCUGGUAACUUAUUUCUCUACGUUAUUGGGGAUUUGUUAAGUUAUCGAACAGUUCUUUGGAUCUGUUUAUCUUUACCAACAUUUCAUCUAAUUCUGUUCAUGAUGAUGCCGGAUUCACCUUCCUUUUUAAUGAAAAGAUCUAAUGUUGAGGAAGCCGCGAGAGUUAUGGCUUGGCUUCGUUGUAAAAGUGAAGAUGACCAAUCUGUUAAAAAUGAACUAGAAGUUAUCAAGAAGGAACAACUUAAUGAUAAGGAAAGCAAUAGUUUUUUGCUUCGAACGAUUAUAAAGGAUAACAUACUAUCUAAAGCAUUCUACAUAGCUUUGAUAGUAACCCUGGCUCGAGAAGUAUGCGGUGCAGUACCGGUGCUAAACUUUGCUGGUGAAAUUUUUGCGAUUGCGUCUACUGACAGUAGUUUCGUGUUGACUUCGAACCAGCAAGCGAUAUUGCUUGGAGUUGUUCAAGUUACGGGAUCCAUGCUGGCUUCUAGUAUUGUAGAAAAGGCUGGGAGAAAGCCCAUAUUAUCAAUAACAUCAUUAAUAUCUGGACUGAGCAUGUGCGCUCUGGCAUCCUGGUUCGUCGCGAAGGACUACGGUGUAGUGACUCCCAAUUGGAUACCCAUUAUGACACUAUGUUUAUGCAUAUUCUGCGACGCGUGCGGCUUGCAGCCCAUCUCUAUUGUUAUUGCUGGAGAGAUAUUUUCUUAUAAGUAUCGAGGAACUGUCAUGGCGAUAACUAUGUCGGUGGCGUCAUUUUUCGAUUUCCUGCAACUACUAUUCUUCAAACCCUUGGCCAAUUCUAUUGGAAUCCAUGUGGCGUUUUACUUCUUCGGAAUCGUGUGCAUUUUCAUGGCGAUCUACGUCGUAAUCGUGAUCCCUGAAACUAAAGGAAAAAGUUUGGUUGAAAUCUAUAAGUGUUUCCGUAGGAAGAAAUCUCAGCAAAAUGAACUGGUUAGCGGUUACGUAGAAUAAAAUUGUAUUUUUAACCCCCGACCCAAAAAGAGGGGUGUUAUAAGUUUGACGCGUGUAUCUGUGUA